CAUCAGCGUGUCAGACAUCAUUCCUUGAUCUCUCAAUUCCGAAAAAAUAAUUCUUUAUCAGGUUUAUUUACGUCGAGCAGUGUAUAUUGUGUCCUCCACUGAUUUCCCAUCUCUAACCUUCGUCGGAGUUCACUGUUUUCAGUUUAUCGCGAGUGGUUGUGAGUUAAAGAGACUGUUUAGUUUUGUAAGGUUCUAUUUUAUAAACACAAAUAACUCCACAAAUUAAUCGUCUGUGAUAUUUUUUAGAUAGAGAGGAACACAGAAACAGGCCGUUUUAAAUAAGACACAAUAUGGCACCACCUGGUAUUGGUAGUUCGACUGAAAGACACCUAGAUAUCCACAAUACACGUAAUUCUCAGAAUAUCAUCGUUCUCGAUGGGGGAUUUGCCACUCAACUCAGCUGUUACGUCGACGAGCCAAUCGAUGGUGACGUUUUGUGGAGCGCUAGGUUUCUAUCCACUAAUCCUGAGGCUGUUAUAGAUUCACAUUUAGAUUUUUUAAGAGCUGGCGCUGACCUCAUUAUAACCAACACUUACCAAGCGGACGUCGAUCUUUUUGUGAAACACUUGAACGUCACGAAAGAAGAGGCCUACAACUUAAUCAAGAAGGCUGUGGAACUAGCUAAAAUUGCCGUAGAGAGAUAUAUGCAAGAAUUUCCUAAUGCCCGUAGACCUCUUGUAGUGGGUUCUGUAGGUCCCUAUGGAGCAUCUUUACACGAUGGCUCAGAAUAUACAGGCUCUUACGCUGCCAAUACGUCACUGGAUGUCAUGAGGGAGUGGCAUACACCUCGGAUAAAUGCUCUCUUGGAAGGAGGUGCAGAUCUCUUAGCUCUAGAAACCAUUCCUUGUCGAGCCGAAGCCGAAAUGUUGGUGACGCUACUCAAAGAAAAAUACCCCGAGACGAAAGCCUGGUUAUCAUUUACCGCUGGUCAAGAUGGUAAAACCACGGCAUAUGGCGAACCUUUUCAAGAGGCAGCAAGAGCUUGUUAUGACAUAUGUCCCGACCAAUUAGUAGCGAUCGGUGUUAAUUGUAUAGCACCUAGACUAGUUGAAUCUCUGAUCUCUGGAAUUAACGAUAAGAGAGCCAAUCCUAUACCUCUCAUUGUUUAUCCAAACAGUGGUGAAAGUUACAAUGUAGAAUUGGGUGAUGAUACGGCGUCAUAUAGAUGGAUCAAUCGGGACAAAUGCGAGCCAGUCGAAUGCUACGUUGCCAAAUGGUUGGACCUAGGAGUGACGUUUGUCGGAGGUUGUUGUAGGACCUACGCCAUCGACGUAACCAGAAUAAAGAGAGAAGUGGAAAAAUGGAAACAAGAUCAUCGAUUUUAAACCUGCUUCUGAUUUCCUUCUUCGAUAUGACUUUAUUGUGUACCUGUGUUGCGGAAAACAUAAAUAUAUAUCAAAAAUUAAAUGUGCGACGCAACAGCUUUGACCAAAGCGAUACAAGUACUGGGCAGAACAAGCUGAGUGAUAGCACAGCUUAUUUACUAGUCAGCUGAUCAUCUUUGCUAGUCUUUGAGUACCUGCCUCUUCACCUGCCGCGCCUAUUCUCUUUCAUAUAGGCUUGGUGUAAUCACGACCCUAACACGACAAAUACACGACCCUAACUAACGAGUACGAGUACACGAGUUUUUUUUUAUUUUAUUUGAAAAGAAUUAGUAACUGCUAUUUAGGAGAAUUCUUUAAAAAAAAGGUAAAUCUUUUGAUAUCAAGCUAAUAUAACUUUUUAGAUGAGUAAUUACACACCGGCUACUCCAACUAUGGUAAGCGAGUAUAGUUUUGUGUAGAUUUACGCACCAGUUUUGCUAAUUGGGAUAUAACUGGGGCUAUCUGAACUGUAACCAUUUUUUUAAAGGUACUUAAGACCCAUUUAAAGAUUAAAAAGACGUAUACUAUUAAUAUUGGUUAAAUUAUAUUUUAUCCUCAUAGUACAGCUAUUUUCGUCGCGUAUUAAUUUUUACUACCCGAAACAGCUUUACACCACACAUACUUCGUGCCCAAGAUUUUUUUAGUUUCAAUAACUGCACUAGUAAAAAUCAAAAUACUCCAAUAUUAUUACAUAGCCACGAUUUCGAUAUUAUUUGAAUGCGAUAAACUUGAACGGUAACCGAGACGGCGCGAAAUAAACUUAGUCGGACAGUUCUGAUUUCUGCCGUUCCGAGCGCUGCUGUCAGAAAUUUCAAAAUCGGUUGAAAUGCACCAAGCCUAUACAGGAUACAGGCAGUCGAUGCGGCAGUCUCGAUAGUAUAUAUAUGAAUGGAGCUUCAGUGGAGCUCGGAAUCCGACUUGUUAACAUAAAAGAAGCGAAUAUCUAGAUAGGUAUGCAGCUUUCCAUGUAAAUGAUCCUAAGUCGACUGGCUGUCUAAUGAAUAGGCUGUAGUGAUCGUAUAUAAGAUCAAACAUGUCAAAAAUUACCUGAUUUUUUUAAUUAUAUAGUUUCGUCUAGAAUUUUAAUUUACCAUUAUCCAUAUAGCCCUAUUCAUUUUAUUUAAGUUUAACAAGUAUGCUUUUAUAUUUAAAUUGAGAUGUUCCACUCUAAGAAUAUUUAAAAUGUUCUAGAAAUGUAUAUGUUGAUCUUAAAGAGUAUCUAUAACUUUUCUGAAAAUUAUAUGUGCCAGAAGAUGAAGUAUAAUCUUCUAUAAAUGUAUUGUGUUCAAACUAUAUAUUGAUUAUUAAUAAGAAAUACAAUAUUCAAAGUCCGAACACUGACAAAAACUAAACAGAUCUUAUAAAAGGUACUGAAUAUGAAAGAAAAUAAGCAUAAUCUGACCUGAGAGAGAAUAUAUGAUUUCGACAGGGGACAACAAAAUAUAUUAUAACAAAUAAUUUAGUUUUGGAGCUAAAAUAACAGGGAACAACUGUCACUGUAAUAGAUUCUUUCUUAGGACAGACUAUAGAUGAAUUUUAUUUUUUUAAAUAGUCAGUGAUAUAAUAUACCGGGUGCGUCUCAAAAAUGGUUCACCCCUAUUUAUUUUUUUUAGAUAAAACAACGAGAUUUGGUAUGUUAGUAUAUGACAU